AUGGUCUGGAUCUUUAUCUUCGGGCUCUUGUAUAAUCCCAAUAAUGUGUUUUCAUUUAUUGAGAACCGCUGCUAUACAACAUUCAAGGAAUAUGUUCACCUUGAAGGAGAUGUGAUGAUUGGUGCAUUUCUCCCUCUUAAUCAUUUCCGCGAAGUCCAAACACUAAAUAGUGUCUUCGGUUCAUCCCGGAUUCAGGAUAUUCCUAUACAGUUUAAUUUUAAGACCUACAAGUUGUAUUUGGCCCUGAUUUUUACCAUUGAAAAGAUCAACAGAAACCCUUAUCUUCUUCCCAACAUAACUCUGGGCAUUGAUCUUUAUAAUGUUAUAUCUUUUCAAUUGGAUAUUUUUCGUGAAGCAAUUAUUUGGAUGACAAAGACAAUGAGGCCUACACCAAAUUACAACUGUGGAGGGAACAGAAAGUCCCUUGCUGUACUCACAGCAACAGCAUGGGCAACAUCUCUUCUCGUUCCAACACUGAUACAGCUCUACAAAAUACCUCAGCUCACAUAUGGGCAUUUUGAUUCUGCUUUGAAUGAUCAAGGUCAGUUUAAUUCUCUCUAUCAGAUGGGCGACAAGGACACAUCUCUGUCCCAUGCCAUAGUCACUUUGAUGCUUCAUUUUCACUGGUCCUGGAUUGGACUGAUCCUCCCAGAUGACCACAGAGGGAUUCAGAUUCUGUCAGAUUUGAGAGAAACUAUGGAGAGGAAUAGCAUCUGCAUAGCCUUUUGGAAAAUGAUCCCUGCGAACUUGAUUCCAGCUGCCACUAUAUCAUGGAAAGAUCUGGAGGAGAUUCAGAAAUCAUCACCAAAUGUGGUUGUCAUUUAUGGGGACAUGGUUUCUUCACAAAGUUUAAUGUUUCGCAUUGCAAAGCUCUUAGUGACAUGGAAGGUCUGGAUCUUGAACUUUCCAUGGGAUGUUGACAGUCGUUCAGAUUACUUCAUGUUAGGGUCAUUUCACGGGAGUCUCAUUUUUUCACACCACUAUGAAGAGAUGGUUGAGUUUACCAAUUUUAUUCGAACAGUUAAUCCUUACAAAUACCCAAAAGAUAUUUAUCUUCCUAAAAUUUGGUUUUUAUUCUUCAAAUGCUCAUUUUCUAAGUCUAAUUGUCAACUCUUGGAGAACUGCCAACCCAAUGCUUCUUUGGAGUUAUUACCCAGACACAUUUUUGACCCAGCCAUGAUUGAAGAGGCCUAUAGUAUAUACAAUGCAGUGUAUGCUUUGGCCUACAGUCUCCAUGAGAUGAAUCUUCAGCAAAUUCAGAUGCAACCAUAUGCUAAUGGACAAGAAAAAACAUUCUUUCCCUGGCAGCUCCUCCCUUUCCUAAAGAACACACUACUGAAUAUUCCGGUGAGAGGUCACACAGUAAUGGAUGGGAGAAGAAAGCUAGACUCAGAGUAUGAAAUUCUCAAUAUCUGGAAUUUUCCAAAGGGUCUGGGAUUAAAGGUGAAAGUUGGAACUAUUUCUCCAAAUGCUCCCCAAGGUCAACAGUUCUCUUUGUCUGAUCAGAUGAUACAAUGGCCAAUAAAAUUUACUCAGAUUCCUCAGUCUGUGUGCAGUGAGAGUUGUAAGCCUGGAUUCAGGAAAGCUGCCCAGGAAGGCAAGGCUGUCUGCUGCUUUGAUUGCACUCCCUGUUCAGACAAUGAGAUUUCCAAUGCGACAGAUAUGGAUCACUGUGUGAAGUGUCCAGAAACUCACUACGCAAACUCAGAGAAGAACCACUGCCUCCCGAAAUCUGUGACCUUUUUGGCCUAUGAAGAUCCCUUGGGCAUGGCUCUCACCAUCACAGCACUGUGCUUCUCUGCACUCACAGCUGGGGUCCUUUUAGUCUUUGUGAAACACAGAGACACACCCAUUGUCAAGGCCAAUAAUAGGACUCUCAGCUACACCCUGCUUUUGACCCUCAUCAUCUGUUUCCUCAGUUCCUUGCUCUUCAUUGGCCAACCCAACACAACCACAUGCAUCUUGCAGCAGACAGCAUUUGCAAUUUUGUUCACUGUGGCUCUCUCCACAGUGUUGGCUAAAGCUAUUACAGUGGUUCUUGCCUUCAAGGUCACUGUUCCAGCUAGAAUGGUGAGGUGGUUGAUGGUAUCAAGGGCCCCUAAUCUCAUCAUUCCCAUCUGCACACUCAUCCAACUUGUUCUCUGUGGGAUCUGGCUGCUUACAUCUCCACCCUUCACUGAUCAAGAUGCUCAUGCUGAACAUGGUCACAUCAUCCUUCUGUGCAACAAGGGUUCAGAAGUUGCCUUCCACUGUGUCCUGGGAUACCUCUGCUUUUUGGCACUUCUGAGCUAUGGCUUGGCCUACUUGUCUAGGAAUCUGCCAGACACAUUCAAUGAAGCCAAGUUCCUGUCAUUCAGCAUGCAGGUAUUCUUCUGUGUGUGGGUCACCUUCCUUCCUGUCUACCACAGCACAAAGGGGAAGCUCAUGGUGGCCAUGGAAGUCUUCUCUAUCAUGGCUUCCAGUACAGCACUCCUUGGCUUGAUCUUUGCCCCCAAGUGCUACAUCAUUUUGUUAAGACCAGAGAAGAACUCUGGUCUUGACAUCAGGCACAAAGUCCAUUCAAGAAGAAUAGUCAUUUAA